UGACUCUCUUGAUUCCUGCAGCAUCGACCACUCAAACUGCUGUUCCCCGUUGUUGCAGGUGAACUACAAGUCAGACCUUAACUGGAUCAGAGGAGUGGGCUGGACCCCUCCUGGCUCCCACAAGGCCGAGCUCGCCCGCCGGGCUGCAGAGCUGGGUCUGGCCGAGGGAGUUAGCACCGACGAAGCUAUCUCAAAGUAUCAGCACAUGAUGAUGCUGCACCACCAGCAGCAGAUGGAGGAGCAGCAGCAGCAGCAGCAACAGCAAACGUCCGAGCAGGUGGAGACCAGCGAGGAGAUUCAACAAGGCGUCAACAUGGAUGCCAUGGAGGUCCUGCACGUGAAGAGGAAGAAGACCAUCCAGACUGUUCAGAAAAAGUCCACCACCACCACAACUUCCUUCAGAUCAAUGGAGAAGAAGUCCAGCACCACCUCGUCCUCCUCAUCAGCUGCCCUCCAGAGCACAGUCAAGAUGUCCUCGUCCAGUAAAGCUGCCGCGAUAGAGGACGCGUAGUUUGGAGUAGAUUUUUAGCAAUUAUAGUGUUUAGAGACAGUUAAAGAUGGUCGCUUUCGGAAAGUGUUUUUGACGUUUACUGAGUGGUUUAUUUUACUACUUUGAUGAAAUGACCAUUGUGACUCUGUAGUUACGUGAGACAGAGCCGCUGUAGGUGCAACAACGAACUGUAAUGCACAGAAUAGUUCAUAUGAUUACAAAAGGGGAUUAAGCAUGUUGAACCAGAGUGGGACUUGUCAUGUUGGUUGAAAAAGGUUGUCUAUGU